GUGAAGAAACCAACCCAACCAUACACAAUUAAGAAAGCAACAACAGAAAAUGAGAGAGGAAACAGAGUACAAAGGCCAUGUUGUGGUGCUUCCAUACCCAGGCCAAGGCCACAUAAACCCUCUUCUCCAGUUCGCUAAACGUUUAGCUUCCAAAGGUGUAAAAAUUACUUUUGCUACUACCCAUUACACAGUCAACUCCAUUUGUGCUCCUAAUGUCACUGUUCAUGCCAUUUCAGAUGGCUUUGAUGAAGGUGGCUUUGCUCAAGCACAGGAAGUAGACUUGUAUCUUAAGUCCUUUAAGGCUAAUGGAUCAAGAACUCUAUCUCACCUCAUCCAAAAAUUUCAAGAUUCUAAUUUUCCAGUUAAUUGUAUUGUGUAUGAUUCUUUUCUGCCUUGGGCUCUUGAUGUUGCUAGGCAACAUGGUAUCUUUGGUGCUCCAUUCUUUACUAAUUCAGCUACAGUUUCUAGCAUUUUCUGUCGGUUGCACCAUGGAUUUCUUUCUUUGCCGCUUGAUGUAGAGGGUGAUAAGCCUUUGCUGUUACCUGGUCUGCCUCCAUUAUACUACUCUGACUUGCCAACUUUUCUCAAGAUUCCUGAGAGCUACCCUGCUUAUUUGACAAUGAAAUUGAAUCAGUUCUCUAACUUGGACAUGGCUGACUGGAUUUUUGCCAACACCUUUGAAGAGUUAGAAUCCAAGGCAGUGGGAGGCGUAUCAAAGCUUUGGCCGGCGAAGUUGAUUGGUCCAAUGGUUCCAUCUUCUUACUUGGAUGGCCGGAUUGAUGGUGAUAAAGGAUAUGGAGCCAGUUUAUGGAAGCCACUGGGAGAAGAGUGUCUGAAAUGGCUAGAAACGAAGCAACCUCAAUCAGUGGUGUACAUUUCUUUUGGAAGCAUGGUGUCCCUAACAGUAAAACAGAUGGAAGAGAUUGCAUGGGGCUUGAAGGAAAGCAACUUAAACUUCCUGUGGGUAGUGAGAGAAUCCGAAAUGGAUAAACUUCCCAAAGGAUUUAUAGACUCAACGAGCGACAAGGGUUUAAUAGUAAGAUGGUGCAACCAGCUUGAAAUGCUGGCCCACCAGGCCAUAGGCUGCUUCGUGUCCCAUUGCGGGUGGAAUUCGACUCUUGAAGCACUCAGCCUUGGCGUAUCAAUGGUGGCUAUACCGCAAUGGGCCGACCAACUGCCAAAUGCCAAGUUUAUAGAAGAGAUAUGGAAGGUUGGAGUUAGAGGAAAAGUGGACGAAAGAGGAGUUGUGAGAAAACAAGAAGUGAUUAGGUGUUUGAAAGAAGUAAUGGAGGGAAAGAAAAGCGAAGAGAUCAAGAAACACGCAAGAAAAUGGAGGCAGGUAGCAGAAAGAACCUUUGAUGAAGGAGGGAGCUCUGCUAAGAACAUUAACGAUUUUGUGGAGCAUUUGGCAUUUGCUAACAAGAAAGAAGAGGCAAAGGCAAAGGCUUUGAGUGGCUUUCAUUAGAGUUGUUUUAGAUUGAGUUAAUAAUUUACAAGAGACUGAUCUGUUACUGUCGAUUUAACUAAUAUUAUAUGUAUUUUUAAGAAAUGGGCAACGACUUGUUCUGCUGUAACGCAGGUUUUACAAGCAUUGUUGCACUAAUUAGUCUGUUUUUCUUUUCAAUACUCUUGAGCUAUCCUAUGUACAUUUUUGCAUUACCCAAAGAAUAAAUCUCCAUUAAGACAGAUAA